AUGGAAUUACAAUCACUCAAAGAAAGACUUAUUUCCUCUGACUCCCCACCCCUCCGUGAAUGAAUAAAAAAAUUUUGUUACUCAUGGAGGGGUUAAUUUUUUUUUUUUAAAAAAUUUAUAUAUAAAUUUUAUAGAAAUAAUUUUUUUUCAAAAUUUUAAAAAAUCCUAAUUUGAAAUCAAAUAUUAAUUUAAUUUAUAAAAUUUAUGUUUUUAAAAUGCAAUUUUGUUUAAAAUUAAACAGAAUUAGCUCGAUAUUUCAUUAUACUAAUUAUCAAUUAUAUAUCAAAAUUUUUCUAUUAAAACAAUUUUGUUCACUCACGGAGGGUGGGCUUUUGGGCAAGUAAUAGCGAUUUUUCUAAUGGUUUUGUUCACUCACGGAGGGGGGGAGUGAUAAAAGACGGGAAUUCUUCUGUCCAAAACAGAUCAGAAUCCGCCGAUUUAAAUUCUUUAUUGCUAACAGUAGCAAAUUCUUUUCUUUAUAUUGGCAAUUUUUAUAUGUUGGGAGUUGCAGCUAAGGAGUACUCAUCAGCCCUUCAAAUGCCAGAAAGUUUUUCUGGUACCCUUGCAGGGGUGAAUUGAACCUCCUCUGUGCUCUGUGCAUUUUUAUAUAGUUUCUGAAGCAAUUACCAAUAUAAAAUCCCUACUGCAUUUUGUGCAUUCAUAUGUGCAGUUGGUAAUUUGAUGUAUUUUUUAGCCUAUGAUCUGGCAAGCCCGUUUUGGCUGUUUUUAGGAAGAAUAAUGAUAGGAGUUGGAGGUUCUCGUGUUAUCAAUAGAAGGUACAUAUCAGUUUACGUCCCCGUAAACGAAAGAACAUCAUGGAAUGCCUAUUAUGCAGCUGGCAGAGUAUUAGGAGUCGCGUUUGGGACUUUUGCUGCUGCUGAACUUUACAAUGUAAACUCGUCCUUCUUAGGACUUACAAUAAAUGGCAUGAAUUCUUGUGCUUUUGUGAUGGGAAUCACUUGGCUUUUAUAUUUUAUUUUGACAGUUUUCUUUUUUACAGAACCCGAAAUUAUAAAAAUAGAGAAAGAAAGUGCAAUAAAUCUGCAGUUUCCUACCUUGAUAGAGUCGUUACCGCUUAUUAUUGUGCUUUUCGGGUUCUUUUUUCCAAAAAGCGCACAAGAAAUUUUAUUUAUUUCACUUCCAAUCAUAACGGACGACUAUUGGGGGUGGCAUAUAGACAAAGCUGGGGAGUUUUUAGCUUUAAUUUCACUAAUUUCAUCCCCGGUUCACAUAUUUGUAGCUUACACAUCAAAACAUAUCCAAGAUAGAGAUUUUAUUAUAUAUACUUUAAUUUAUAGCAUUUACCUGCUGCAUUUUUAUGAAAAAAAUAAAAUUAUUUUAAUGUUUUCUAUCGAAAUUUAUUGAUAAGAGUAUAAUUUCUCAAGUCAUGUGCGUCUUAGGAUGCCUAUUCAUGGUUGAUUUUGGUGGCUAUUCAGAAUGACAAUACAUGAUUGGCGCAUUUAUUCUGAAUUUAGGCUCAAAUAUGAUAGAUGGGGUCAGCACUUCAUUAAUUUCAAAAGUGAUCCCAAAAAGCAUCGCGCAUGGGAUCUGGAAUGCUGGCUUUCUAGUAACUAUAGUAGGGCAGCUUGGAAGAGCAAUAGGAGGGGGCUUUGUAGGAGUAACUGGCCUAGGCGAAGACAAAAGCAAUGAAAACUCCAUGCACAUCACACUAACAUUGCUUUGUGCGAUGUCCUUAGCAUCAACAAUGGUCGGCUACAAAUCCCUACAUCACAAAUAG